AUGGUCCUCCAAGACUUGGGACGCAGGCUAAACUCGGCCCUCCAGUCCGUAUCGGCUUCGUCCACCAUCGACGAGCAGGCCCUCGAUGCCGUCCUCAAGACGGUCUGCUCGGCCCUCCUCGAAUCAGACGUCAACGUCCUCCUCGUCAAGCGCACCCGCGAGCGCGUAAAGCGCCAGGUCCUCCCCCAGCUCGAGGAGAUCCAGCACAAGCAGGGCACCGAUCACGACGCCAUGGCCGGCAACAAGGCCAAGCAGCUCAUCCACAAGGCCAUCUUUGACGAGCUCGUCGCACUCGUCGACCCAGGCGACGACGCACCGCCAGCCUUCAACCCGGUCAAGGGCAAGACGCAGGUCAUCAUGAUGGUCGGCCUUCAAGGGGCGGGCAAGACGACCACCUGUACCAAGCUCGCGACCCACUACCAGCGCCGGGGCCUCAAGGUUGCCCUCGUGUGUGCCGACACGUUCCGCGCCGGAGCGUUCGACCAGCUCAAGCAGAACGCGACGCGCGCCAAGGUCCCCUUCUUUGGCUCGUACACCGAGACGGACCCGGUCUCGAUCUCGCUCCAGGGCGUCAACAAGUUCCGCGCCGAGCGGUUCGACGUCAUCAUUGUCGACACGUCCGGGCGGCACCGCCAAGAGUCGGAGCUGUUUGACGAGAUGUGCCAGAUCCAGGACGCCGUCGAGCCCGACAUGACGGUCCUCGUCCUCGACGGCGCCAUUGGCCAGGCCGCCGAGGCGCAGAGUGAGGCGUUCAAGGAGGCGAGCAACUUUGGCGCCAUCAUCGUCACCAAGCUCGACGGCCACGCAAAGGGAGGAGGAGCCAUCUCUGCUGUCGCCGCGACCCACACGCCCAUCAUCUUCAUCGGCACGGGCGAGCACCUGCACGACCUCGAAAAGUUCGCGCCGCGCCCCUUCAUCAGCAAGAUGCUCGGCAUGGGCGACAUGCAGGGGCUCGUCGAGCGCGCCCAGGAGAUGGCCAUGGCCAACCCGGAGCGCCAGGAGAACAUGAUGAAGAAGCUCGAGAAGGGCGAAUUCACCGUGCGCGACCUCAAGGAGCAGAUGCAGACCAUCAUGAACAUGGGCCCACUGUCGAACCUGACGUCGAUGAUCCCGGGCAUGAGCGGCCUCAUGGGCGGCGACACCGAGGCCGAGGCGUCCAAGCGCAUGAAGCGCAUCGCCUUCAUCUUUGACUCGAUGACGACGGCCGAGCUCGACUCGGACGGGAGCGUCUUCCGCGACCCGCCAAAGGCGCCCAAGGCCGACAAGGGCAAGGGCAAGGGCAAGCCCAACGCGCGCGUGCUGCGCGUCGCGAGGGGCAGCGGCACGAGCGUCGAGGAGGUCGAGCAGCUCCUCGCGCAGCACCAGAUGUUUUCCAAGAUGGCCAAGCGCAUGGGCGGCAAGAACGGCAUGUGCCUCGCGCAGCGCGGCGCAGGACGGCCAGGCGCCGGCGGCGGAAUGCCGGCGGGCAUGCCGCCGCUCGGACCGGGUGGCAUGCCCGACCUGUCCAAGCUGUCGCCGUCGCAGAUGCGCGCCAUGCAGAACAUGCUCCCGCCGGGCGCGCGCGACAUGCUCUCGAACCCGGGCGCGCUGCAGCAGAUGCAGCAGAUGAUGGGCGGCAUGGGCGGCAUGGGCGGCAUGGGCGGCAUGGGCGGCAUGGGAGGCAUGGGCGGCAUGGCCGACAUGCUCAAGGGCAUGAUGGGUGGUGCGGGAGGACGGUGA